AUGGCUUCUAACAUCCAUGGAGGACCUGGCUCCUUCCAAGAUCAGCGCUUCCCCAGGAACAACGAUCACGAUAGUCGCGCUACGAUGGCAAACUCUAUGCCUACCAAGCCCUCCUCUCAUUACUACCCCAACGGAAUUCCCGACGGCUACAAGAUGGUCGGUACCAAGGAGGCAGAGACGCCUAGACUUUACAUCGAAGACAAUCUUCCGAUCGCCUUCUACAACCAGCCGACGAAGGAGGUCAAGGCUAUUUUUAGCACCAACAAUGGCGAGUUUCCCACUCGCGGUCUCAGCCACGUCCUCCCAGUACGCCAGAUUGAUUUAUGGAGCGCUGAAGAGCUCCAGGAGAGGGCCAAUGCCAUCCGCAAGAAGCAUUGGAGUCACAUGAAGUCCAUGCCGCAGCUGGAGUUCUGGGAAGACUUGUAUGAUUAUUUCGACUGCUAUGACAUCUACUUCCAAGGCGCGAUGAACCUUUGGAAUCUGAUGCUUCAUCUCUACCACGAAAAUCAAUGUCUCGUUCGCAACCUCCAUCAAGAAAUCGUUGCAGAAGUUGGUCACUGGUGCGACGAAUGGGCUGCAAAGAGCGAGAACAAGAAGAAGCUGCUAGACUUCAAAGAAUUCCAGGGCGACGUUCUCAAUCUGCUGAGCUCAGAGGAUCGCGUUGACCUCCAGGGAUUGCCUCCUGUCAGCAUGGAACUUGUCCGCAAUGCUCUGAAGUUUCGACAUGAUCAGCUUCUAGGCAAGCCAUGGGCUCAACCAGCCUUGUACCCGCAAAAUAGCCUCGGGUACCAGUGGGAAGGAGGCACACUGCAACAUUGGCUUGCGGGUCAACCCGUUCAAGAUACUCCUAGUGGACUUGCCCCAGCAUCAACCGCCCCAAACCUGACGAAGGGCAACCCCGACUCCCCACUGUCUCAAACGAGCCCGGCUGCCAAAGCCUCGCCUCCGAAGCCAUUGAUCGUGAGCGGUACAUCUAGGCAAAAUUCAAUCGACCAUCUCCAUCACGAUGUUGCCACGGCUGUGAAUCGCGUCAGCUACCCCGAGGGUACCCCAGCGGACAACCGGCAGACCUUUUCGGCAAGUCAUGGCCAUGGUAACGAUGAUUCUCGUCAGCUGCCUGGUCGUUUGCUUCCCAACGUUGCGCAAACGAAUCAAACUUCGAUAUCCAGAGGCGAAAAUGCAGGUCCGGGAGGAUCCACCUUUUACCCUCAUGCUAUUAGACCUGAUGGUCAUCCAUUCAACACGCCUUUCACUACAGGUCCACAUGGUAUGCCUCAGCCCUAUCUUGGACCCGUUAGCCCCCUUCAUGCUCCCUCUCAUGGACCCUCUCGUGGACUUCCUCAUGGGCCUCCUCACGGACCCAUGGAACCUCCUGCUGGUCCUGGAAAUCGCCGUUACGGCCCAUCCUCGCAGGUCCUUCCGUCUCCUCAAAGACCUAAUGACAACCGCUUCAACAAAGCUGGGCAUUCGGCGCAAAUACCGGGCUGUGUUUCCGUGGGCGGCGCACAGCGUGCUCAAUCUGCUGCUUUUCCUGGUGUGGCACCUGAGCCGGUUUCCUUCCAGAGACGCAACGACAAGCGGAAUGCAUCAACAGACCCUCACUUUGGCCAAGCAGGCGACCGCGGUUCGCAAAUGGGCCAUCCGCGAUUUGAGACAAGAUUCAACCCGCGAGCAGCGCCUAACUCGAACGGCUCAUCUCAUCAGCAGCAGCGCCACCGUGGCGAUUUCAAAGGAUGGGAGAAGGUCCACAAUGCAGAUGACUCGAUUCAUGGGCCCGUUUUCCGUCGUUCUCCAACCAAGGAGAAUCGCGCCCGUGCAUUAUCCCGUUCUUCCGCGUCUAGACAAACUUUCACUUGCACAAAUCAACAUGAAAAGCUUGGCGAUAACAAAUGGGCCUAUGCGCCUUGCGAGUGUCCUUCUUGCGAGGCUCGUGAACGAUCUGUCUUCGUUCAGCUCACCUCUCAUCUAAUUAGAGAUGACCUGUCUGAAAAGGUCCAUGCUGUGAUGUCUCGGUGGGGAGAGGUUGAGAAAGUCAACAGAUUGGCUCUCAAGGACCAGAAAGAUUACCCCAACUUCUUUGUCAGAUUCGAAGAUGGUUCUCGCAUCACUGAGAUUGCAAGCGCAAAGGAUAUUGAGUGCCCAGAGCUUCACUGUAUGCUCCAGACGCGACCUAUUCACCAUACGCGCUAUGGAAGCUUGAUGUAUUCCAAGGCCAGCAGGGACGCGAAUGAACAGCAUAGAAUCCCGAAGUCGUACGAAGGGUCUCAGCAACCUCGGGCUAGCAACCAGGCUCCAUUCACUCAGAGUCAGUCCCUAUCUGCUCGUAUGGACUCUCGAUCUCAACCAGUCUCCUUGGAGCAGUAUAUGAUUCCUCGUCCACCAAAAUCGCAGGGCAAAGCAGUACAUGGUUCUCAGUCCGAAGCGGUACCUGAUUCAACUGUUCCACUGCCCACCGCAGACCAAGUUACUCUGCUGCAGGGUAAAACCGAACUGCCCGAAGGCGUCAAGCCGACACAAGCCGAUGCGACUGGUGAUCUAGCCUUGCAACAGUCAAGUGAAGCCGAGUCGCAAUCGAAGCCGCCUUCCGAGGAGGUUAUUCCCGAUGAAGAAAAGACAACCAAGCAUGACAGCCCUCGGAUUUCCAACAGUCCAUGCAAAGUCAUUGUCGUCAACUUACCGGCGACACCUCAAAAGCUGACGAAGACUUCGAUGGACACUGAGGUACAGGGAGAAUCUGACUCUUCUGGCAAGGCUGUCUUUACUCCGGACGACAGUGAAUCGGUAGCCUCUCCGUUCAAGAAAAGCCCCCCUGCCUCUCCCAGUGAGAAGGAACACAAAUUCGGCGCUCUUCGUGACCAGGGACCAUCUGAAGAAUCUGCGAAGGUUAUACCUCACGUCUCGCCUGUCCCGGAAGAAGGAGUCAUAGCCCCUGAGCCUCUUGCGCAGAGUCCCACGUAUGGCAAGGGAAAGUACAGGAAGGUUUUUUCUCACAGAGAUACCAGCAGUGUCGAGGUCUUCGACGUGGUGCCUCACAUGCCAGGAAGAAGUAGCUCUUCGUUCCUCAAGACUUCGUUUCCUGACGAAGAUGGGCCUAGCGAUAGCCUUCGCUUGAAUUCUGGACAUGCACUCGACAGCUUGAUCGAUGCGGGCUUAAUCUCAGGGGUUCCAAUCACCGCUAUGGCCGACGAUGCUUCAAAGAAGAAGACCAAGAGAAACAAGAAAAAGAAGAAGAAGCCGACAUCAGGAAGUCAAGAUGAGUCUCUGCCCAUUGGCGACGCCUCGACUGUGGCCGCCGAUGAUAAAACUCUUCAUAUCCCGGCGGAAACCCAGACUGGUGCAUCAGAGACGGCCGACAUCAUCACGAAGGCCAGGGAUAUCGUUGCAACAGAAGCGUCUCCAGGAAAGUCAAGUCUCCCGGAGCCGCCUAACAAAAGCUUUCGAGCCAACGCUGGCGGCUCACUUCGAAUGCCGAAGAAUCGCAACAAGCAGCCGGCUCAGCUGAACAUUGCUGUACGAGAAGGUUCUAGUUCUGGAGCAGCCACCAUCCUAAAGGAGGCCCAUGUCGUCGACGGCGGUCUUCCAUCUGCUGCGAGUACUUCACAGAUGAGCUUCACCACAGCCCAGGAAAGCUGCUCUGGCAACAGCUCGCCCAAGGUCUUAUCGACCCCAGCAACUCCAUCGUCAGCCAGGACGCCUGAACCGAAGUUUUCACCAGAAACGUCCGUGGUUGAGAGCGAAGCGACGGCAAAGUCAACCAUGCAACUCAAUCCAAAGGCAAAGGAGUUUGUGUCGCCUGUACCGCGCCCUGCUUUUCAUAGGGUGAAGCUGGCGCCAAUUCCAUUGGUACCGAUCCCAGUGAAGACCACUCAGCAUCAACGCAACUUUUCUCGCAGUUCAUCGGUCACAUCCCGAACUCUCACUCCAGGACCAACGCCUCCCAAAGCUCAAGCUGAACAGUGUCAGGGACAUGGUGCUGGAGAUGGCGUCGACAAUGGAGUGAGUUCUACAACUGGUGAAGUGCCAGUCCAAGAUGAAGGCACGCAAAAUUCGGCACCCGAGAGCAUGGCGAAGGCAAAGCAGGACCACCCCGCUGAAGGUGGUACGCCCGUCCCACAGCCAUCAAAUGCUAGCAGUGGCAACGGUCAAAGACAGCGUGCGAAGAAGGGCGCUAGCAAGAAAAAGCAGCAACAGCUUAGCAGCGAUCGCGAACAGCACGGGCAGCAUCAACAGGGUAAGCAAGAACCGCAGAAGAACAUCCCUUCGCCUAAGAAGCAAAAUAAGCACGUCCAGCAACCGCAACAUGCCCCUGGGACGCACAACAGAAAGCUUUCUGUUGCAAGUAAAGACGACUUCCCGUCCCUGCCGCCUGCUCCCUUGCCUGCUUCCAGCCUACCUGCGACCAGCGUCUGGGGCAAAGCGCGUGCAACAUCAACUGCUACAAAGAGCAGCACCACCACUCCUACCAGCAGCAUGAGCAGUGAGAACAAGACCAAGGACAAGACAUCCUCGGGCGCGCUCCCUCAGGAGGGCAGUGGCAAGCAUUAG